GAAGACACGCCAAAAUGAAUUUUACUACUCCUUUUCUUUUCACACAAUUACAUCUCCUUUUUUUGUUUCUUAAUUCUUAUGUACGCAUAGAAUCGCCGCUGCUAAUUUACCGCCUUCUCGUCGUUUCCUUUCUCUCUCCGAAACACCUGUUUUCUCUCUCCUCUCUAGAUUCCUGCAAGAAUCUCUUCAUUUUUUUUUUUGAGAUUCUUUCUGCAAUUCCAAAUUAGGUUUACAUUUCCCAAAUUGACGGUUUCUUUUUUCAAAAUCAUAUUGUUUUUGAGCUUUUCGCCGAUGAUGCAGCGAAUUGUUGAUAACGCCAUUGCAAUUUCUAAGGAGUCAGUGAAGACAUUUACCUAUGAGGCCUUGAACAAUAUUGUUAGGCUGAUAAAUGGUAUCUCAGCAAUUCUGCUGGCAAUUUUACCUGGCAAGGCUUCUAUACUGGAAGGUCUUCAUGGCUGGGAACUGAGGCCUACUUUUCGUGGACCUCGACUUCCACGGUGGAUGGGGAAUGGUGUUUCUUCUUUCAAUCAGUUGGUUCAUGAGCUAUCUGUAGACUCUGAUACCUCAAGUGUGGAGUACUCCUCUGAUGAAGAUGAUGGAUACUCAUCACCUGCAUCACCUAAAUCUGAAAGCUCGCAAAUUUCUUGGGCCAGCAGUGCGAGGGAACAUGAUAAUCGUCGGACACUAAUUGGGUAUAUCCUUUCGUGGAUUUUAUUUCCCUUCAAGUUUUUGUUGGGGUUGCCUCUUUGGUUCUAUCGUCUUCUUUUUUCUAGAGGCAGUAGGUCCCAAAGUACCCAGCACCCUUCACAUCUUCAUUCUCCCAGAAAACUGCCUAGCCUGAGGGAUCAUUUUGUUCGAGCUACUGACCGCAGAAGAGGAGUCAUUGAGGAUCUUCAUCUAGCCAUUGAAAUCUGCAUAGAAGCUGCUUUUGAUGCCGUCCACAAGGCAGCACAUUUUCUUCUAUCCCCAUCAGAGGCUUUUAGAAUUAUGUCUGGAUGGGUAUUUCCUCAACAGAGUAGUACUGCUCAUGCCCACGAGUCUGUUGAAAAUGUUCCUACAGCUGUACUUGGAGAGCAUGAACCCGCUCCGACUGAGAGGAAAACAUCAUUCCAUCCACUCAAUACAGAUGCGCGGACUUGUCAAGAUGUCAUCACAGAACUUGGGUAUCCUUAUGAAGCUAUCCACGUUGUUACAGAUGACGGUUAUAUUCUUCUUCUUGAAAGAAUUCCUAGACGCGAUUCAAGAAAGGCGGUUUAUUUGCAACAUGGGGUUCUUGAUUCAUCCAUGGGUUGGGUGUGCAAUGGCGUAGUGGGCUCUCCUGCUUUUGCAGCUUUUGAUCAAGGUUAUGAUGUUUUUCUCGGGAAUUUUCGUGGUUUGGUUUCAAGGGAACAUGUUGACAGGAAUAUAUCUUCAAGACAGUAUUGGCGGUACUCUAUUAAUGAGCAUGGCACGAAGGAUAUACCUGCUAUGAUAGAGAAAAUUCACGAGGUGAAAAUUUCCGAAUUGAAGUUGCGUUACCCUGACAUUGAUGAAGAGAACAGUGAUGAGCAGCCGUACAAUCUUUGUGCAAUCUGCCACAGUUUAGGUGGGGCUGGCAUUCUUAUGUAUGUUAUCACUCGUCAAAUUGAACAGAUUCCUCACAGGCUCGCAAGAUUGAUAUUACUGUCACCAGCUGGUUUCCACGAUGAUUCAAACCUGGCAUUUACCGUAGUAGAACAUCUAUUCCUCGCAUUGGCCCCCAUCUUAUCAAAGAUCGUGCCAGCUUUCUAUAUACCUACUCGAUUCUUCCGUAUGUUGCUUAAUAAAUUAGCCCGUGACUUCCAUAAUUACCCUGCUGUUGGUGGUCUGGUUCAAACUCUUAUGAGUUAUGUUGUCGGAGGAGACAGUUCCAACUGGAUUGGUGUCCUAGGUUUACCACACUACAACAUGAAUGACAUGCCAGGAGUGUCAUUUGGUGUUGCUCUUCAUAUGGCACAGAUGAAGCGAACAGGCAAGUUUAGGAUGUUUGAUUAUGGGAAUUCAGACACUAACCUCCAAGUUUAUGGAUCCCCAGAGCCAGUGGAUCUGGGGGAGUACUUUGAUCUUAUCGACAUACCAGUUGAUUUGGUUGCGGGUAAAAGGGACAGGGUCAUUCGUCCAUCGAUGGUCAGAAAGCAUUACAAUCUGAUGCAUGAAGCUGGAGUGGAUGUAUCGUAUAAUGAAUAUGAAUAUGCCCAUUUGGAUUUCACGUUCUCCCACCGAGAGGAACUCUUGUCUUAUGUGAUGUCCCGUUUACAGCUUGUUAAAGCAACUCCCAAGCAACGACUAGGCUGUCAGGUUGAGGGGCCGAAGAAAGUUCUGCAUGAACAUUCCGACUAAUGAACGCAUCUUACGUCUUUUCCUUUUAUUGUUGUGAAUGUCCUGGAAGUAGCCUGGUGUACAUAUCAAAGUUUCAUCUAUUUUGUCAUAUAGGUUUAGGAUGGGUUCUCUCCUUGGCCGCAGCUUCCCGUUGUUUUAUCUUAGAGGGAAGGUGAAAUUUUAGGAGCGUGUGUUUGAAACAAGUCAGCAGAAGAUAAACUUGUAAUUAAUCCGUUGUUAUUUAUGAUGUGGCAGCAGUCUGUAAUUGAUUGCUGCUCAAGUGUUAUACAGCUUACAAAGUAUGGUUAUAUCAUGCACUCUUGGACUGAA